UGCUGUGCUCUUACACAGCGCAGCUCUCCCUUUCUCUCUGAUCUAUCUCAGCGGCCUCGGGACCUCCAUCACCCCAACGUUUGAUGAUACGGGAGGAUGAUUCCUCCUGGACGACGACGACGACGACGACCACGACGACCACGAGCACUAACUUGUGUGGUAGCGCUGUUGCUGCUGUCCGUACCUCCAGGCGCGACCGAAAUCAACGUCCUUGAACAUGUGCACAGCAGACGGAGCAGCAGUCGCACGGCGGCUCUGAUUGCAGGACCCGGGGCAGGAACAAGGUCGUGGUCAUCGGCAUCAGAAUCGCCAUGGCGAUGGCUACUGCGAGGUGGUCAGGGCAUAUGGAGCUCGCGUUCCUCGGAGCAGAGACUCAUCAUUGCCAAUGCGAGAAAAGAUCAUGACCAUGAUGUCGGCGAAGCGGGAACCUCCACCGCCGCUGGCUGGAGCACAUCAGGUUCUAUCGGCAUCAAGGCCGAGCGGCGAUGGUCUGGCGGGAAAGAAGUCGAGGGAAAGGGUGGUGGUAGCGGUGAAAGCGGCGAACGCCAGGAUCCAAGGGUACACUCGCUGGUGGAUUUGGUGAAGCUUCUUCAAGUCUCGGAAAACCCUCUCUGGGAGUUAGUCCGCUUCGAGGGCCGUGAGGCGUCGAAGCAGUCGCACGUAUCGUCCAUGAUACACGGCUCGGUGCUGGCUCGCACUUCGCUGGAAGACGCCGUUUCGUGCGAUGUCGCCGACAAGAUGGCCACCACCUUCCUGUCGCCGACAGAGGUGAGAUCUUUGAUGAGCGACAUGUACGCGGACGAGCCGCUGUUGGACUUCGUUGUUGCCGAGGAUCUGCUGGCCCAUGCCAUGCAGGACACGUCCUUGCCCGACGUGCUCACGGUGAUGCUCUUCCACAAGGGAUUCACGGCUCUGACGACCUACCGGCUGAUGAACUGGCUGUGGAGGAGAGACAGGCACAACCUGGCCCGGUAUCUGCAAUCGAUUUGCUCUGAGGUGUGUGCCGCGGACAUCCACCCGGCGUCUACAAUUGGCAAAGGGAUUCUCAUGGCCGGCGGCUGCGACAUAGUUAUCGGCGAGACUGCAGUGGUCGGGGACGGCGUGUGUCUUCUGCAGGGCGUGACUUUGGGGGGUACGGGAAAUCAGACUGGGAACAGGCACCCCAAAGUCGGCAAGGGAUGCCACAUUGGUGUGGGUUCUUCUAUCCUUGGAAACAUUCCCUUGGGGGAGGGCUCCCGUAUCGAGGCCGCCUCCGUGGUUGUGAAAGCUAUCAAGCCGUACACCAUCAACAGGGGUGUGCCGUCGAAAACCGUCGCCUGGAUCGUUUGCGAUCCGAAUCAGGACGCAGGGGUUGGUGCGGAGGAAAGGGUGGCGGAGGAGGAAGGGGAGGGACGCACGCCUGCGGUGAAACCGCGGCGGCUGUUUUCCAACUACGGCUCGCUGUACAUGGGAGUGUGAAGGGAGGGGCGCGGUGAUGUCGUUAGGCUUUGCCUGCGACAGCCUGUAAAAAGCGUAGACAAUCGUCGAAAACCUUGUAUACGUCCUCCCCCAAAACAAUUGAAAAGCACAAAUUUUGUAUCCGAUUUGAUGGUGAGGUGUGUGUUGUCGAUCUCCAGAGCGUACGGUCAAUUCUGGAGCUAGACUGGAUAAGCUCGCAAAAUGGAAACCGUCGCAGGCUCCCAGAAUGCGCUGGCACCACAGGUACUGGAGCAAUUCCUUCUCUCGUCGAAACUGUCUGUCUGUGCCUCGGGUGGGUCCGUGAGAUUAUGCACACAAACGAUUUCGAGGAUCUCCAGUAGUGGUCCCAGGGGUAGAUCAACCUCAUCCGCUUGUUUGCCUGUGACCAACUACUGCAUCCCCCGAAAAUCGUUCGUACUCUUUAGAUUUCCACCCACUCUCCAUGGGGCAGUGUUAAGAAGAGCAUGCACAACCCUUUUCCGGCAAACCAGCCGCGCGUUCAAGGCAGGGCCAACUUGUGGCACAGUCCUGCCCCCCCUGUCAUUGUGAUCAUUCACACUCCAAUGCACUGACUGACACAUGACACCCGUACGCACGGCGAAGGUACCGGGGAGUAAUAAACGUCACAUACAAACACGAGCCUUGGAGGAAAACACGGCCAUGGCCUUGAUUUGAUGCCACCGACAGCAAUCGACAGCAUCUGAGCCAACGCCGACUCGCCAACACAGCCUAGACCCCACCCAACACACCACACACGGACAUCCAUCUCCACCACCCUGCCGGAGACCACACGCUUGAAAAGCAACCACCACACCAACGAAGUAUACGCCACUCAACGACGGAAACUGUCGAUCCGCCACCGACGCCCUAGGAAGAUCAAAAGGGACGAAAAACGUAAAGGUAUGUACUGCUGUGUUCCAACCGUCGUUCUCUCUGACUGGACAGCUCUCGUCUCCCGCGGCGCGAGACCUACUCCCCAGGCAAACACCAACAAUCACCGGACAGGCAAACACCACGCUAACGGCGUGGAACAGAUCAUCGACGACCCCAUCCACCGACCCAUCACAGAAGAACACCGCCUUGCAAAGGCAACGAGAAAGAGAAGCUCAACCGCGGCGCGCUCUCGGAAUAUUGGCAAGUCAUUUUCGUCGCAGCUGAAGUUCCAGCAGCGGGACAAACCAUUGGACCCUUCGGCAAAUCUAGCAACUGAGACCAUCGGACACCACCAAAAAGACAACUAACACCGACCCUGUCACCGCUAAGGGUGCAAGGUACACACAAUUGACCGAAUCCAAAUGCCUGCAAUAAAUGGAUCGUACUUCGCGCUAUUAGACUGUCUCGCCAGCCCCCACCUGAGUCUCGCUAAUACACCAAGAGAACAUUGUCUUGAGCAGCAAAACACGUCUAGAUACAGCGACGUUAGAAAUUUCCCCCCAAAGGCAAGCGCGUCGUGUAUCCUUCAGACAAGACCCUUUUCUAUUUUUCACGACUCCCUCAAGUACAUGAGACAAUAAUAAUACCAUGAGGUUAUAUUUACUCCCGCCGUCGCCACGUGCUGCCUGCCUUUCUCGCUCUUCUCGCGCGCAAAACGCUCGUAGAGACAAGACACAAUCCCCACCGCGGAAACCCUCGAAUACUCUAGCCAGAAACAAGGGUCGCAGUGCAACAAGCACCCCGAUUUCCGACCCGUGCCAUCCAACACUGCCCGUUUCCCCC